UGCGAACAAUAUUCCAUUACAAUUUUAGUGAGGUUUGGUAUGAAAACGCUGCAGCUUUUGCGGGCCAUGUCUAGUAAAUCGAAACCGUCGAAAGCAGGUAAAGCAGCUGGGAAACAGGCUGGUGCUACGGCUACACCGAAACCGGUGCAAGGACCGGUCUACGUAGAUCCUAAAAGUGGUAGCGUGUUGAUCAAAAUUCAAGCCAAACCAGGAGCUAAAUUCAAUGGUAUAACAGAUAUAAGUGAGGACGGUGUUGGAGUACAGAUUGCUGCCCCACCGCUCGAUGGUGAAGCCAACGCAGAACUGAUCAAAUACCUGGCGAAGCUGUUGGAUUUGCGCAAAAGUGACGUCAGCCUGGACAAAGGUUCAAAGUCCCGCCAGAAGACGGUCGUUCUGGAGAAGAGAUGCCGCACUCCCGAACAGGUGCUGGAUACGUUUCGGAAGGAAGCUCAACAGACGUGAUAGGCAGCAGGGCAACCGAACACUCUCUUUUGAUGGGUAAGUUUUAGCUACUACUUUAUUUUCCUCUCAUUCUAUAGAUGUGUACGGGUGUAUAAUUAUACUUUUUUUUUACCUCCAACGAAUAAAAUCAUUGUAAA